AUAACCAAAAACCAGGGACAAAUCUGCCAAAAACUGUCAAAUCUACCCGUUCUCUCAAAAAAUCGAAGUUUUUGGUACGCCGUUCGAUUCAUUUGUAAUGUUAAAUGCUGAAAUUAUUUGUAAUUUUCAAACCUCUUCAUUAUCAGGUCGCGAGCGUGUGACUAGUAUGAUAUAAAUUUUCGAGGAAUUCGGGGGAUAUACUUCACUCGAUCUUCAAGAAAGUUAUUUAUGAAUGAAGAAACAAGAAUGGAAAAAUGGGUGAAAGAACUCUAUUCAUUCAGGCAGAAGGCUCUACAGAAAGGAAUUAAGAAUUGAAUGUAUCCAGUGAUGGCAUUCAAACUUUACCCAGCACUUGGCUGCUUCCUAGCCAUCAUUUUAUAUAUUGUGUCCAUGUUUAAACAUCCUCUGAUAGAAAAGUGUGAAGUAGAUAAAUGUCCACUCUGUUAUGGAACCAAUAUGUGUGAUAGUAUGAACAAUUCUGAAAUAGAGUUGGAUUUCUCUUCGUUUGACAGGGUAUUCAAUAACCUUUUCAGUGUAAAAAAUGUAUUUUAUGGUAAAUUCAAAGACUCAGAAGUGGUUUUGAAAAAGUUGGGACAAGAUGAGGAGCUAGUGAAAGUGUUGACUAUGGUUAAAACCUUAAGUACAAGUAAAUAUAGAGACUUUUUAGUGAAUAGUGUUUUAGAUACAUUUUAUAAAAAAGACAAUGUGAAUGUUAAAGACUUUCAUGUGUGUAAUUUAGAAACAGCAGAGUACUUACUAGAAUAUCUUUACCAAAAAGGUCUAACUUUAGAACAAAUUUGGACGAUUAAACAAGUGAAUGUUGAACCACUAUUACUGAAAGUGUUCAAACAUGAAAAAGGCUGGCCUGUUCCAAAGUAUUUUGGGGCCUGUGGACGAAUGAUUGUACAGAGUUAUUGUGGUGUUAAUUUGAAUUAUGUUGAGAAAUAUUCUUGGAUUGAAAGAGCUACCAUAGCUGUUGGUAUUAUAAAUGCUGCAGAAGAUUUCACAACAGCACAUCAAACUUUUAGUCUUUACUUGACAGAUAUCUCGCCGGAUAACAUAGUUGUUGAUCAUAAUUUGAAUGUUUAUUUCAUUGAUUUGGAGAAUGGCAUUUUACAAAUGAGGAAUGAUAGUAUGGAAAAAUUCAAUAUAAAAAACCAUCACCGAAGUAGGAAUUUUGAAGAUGAACCAUACGCAUUUUCUACUGAUGACAUCUGUUCGUAUCAGCUUAGUGAUCACAAUAUAUACAGUGUUUGUAAACUACUACUUUCAUCUAAAACACCGUGGCCAAUGAUGAAAGGAGGAUUAUUGCAUUCUCCUCCCAAUUCGAUAAGAGGUCACGAUUUGUUCAAAUAUAUCGAGUUGUGUGUUGAGGCUGAUGACAAAAUUAAUAGAUUUGCUGUUAUGAAAGUCAUUGUAAAUAUUUUGAGGGACAUAUUAAAUAUGAGUCAUAAGUAAA